AUGACGGCAAACAAAGCAAGAGUCACUGAGGGUGGCUCAGGAGGCAGCCCUCUCAUUCUCAUUGUGGCCUACCCUGGAGAAGGUCACACCAAUCCCCUGCUGACAAUUGCAGCAUUCCUCGCGAAGAAGGGUUACGAAGUUGCAUUCCUCACGACUGAAGACUUCCGCAGCAAAGUCGAAGACGCCGGCGCCGAGUGGGUUCAUACCGAUAACCCUAUAACCAGCGAAACUUACCAAGCCCUUCGCGAUGCAGCUUCAUUGCCAAUUGGUCCCGAGCGUUUCGCUGCACAAAUCAAAGCUGUUUUCUUCGAUACCCUUCCUCUGCGAACACGGAAGAUGGAGGAGGCCUUGACCGACUUGAAAGCACGCGACCCAGGCCGCCAGAUCAUUGUCAUUGAAGAUGUCUUCAACUGGUCAAUCUUUCCCUUCAGAUACGGCCGUCCUUUGCCUCAAGGCUUUGAUACUGUCCCCAAGUCAAUCGGUAUCGGUGUUGCAGCAUUUAUCAUGGAAAGUCGGGACACUGCACCAGUCACACUCGGCUUGCCUCCCGAUUCCACCGGAUCCGGUCGUCAGCGUAACGCGGUGCUCCAGCAGCUGGUUGCAAAAGGUCCAAUGAAGCCAUCGAUUGAUGCAUGGCAACAGGCUAUGAGACUCACAGGAUGUACGACUAUUCUGGAGACAAACAUGUUUCGGUCAUGCUAUACAGCGCAUGACUUUGCACUGCAACUAUGCUCUCCCAGCCUUGAAUACGAACUUUCUGACUUGCCACCGUCUGUGGAGUUCAUAGGCGUCUUGCCUCGGAAGCCUACUGCAACGACCUUUCAGUACCCUCCUUGGUGGCCAGAGGUUGAAAGGAAUCAUAAAGACAACAAGUAUCGACAUGUGAUCUUCGUCUCCCAGGGCACUAUCAACAUGAAUCAUUCCGAGCUUGUUCUUCCAACUAUCGAAGCCUUCUCCAAAAUUGAGGAUACACUCGUUGUUGCAGCUCUGGGGGUUCGUGGCGCUCAACUCCCCCAUGGUUUCGUCGUUCCCUCAAACGCUAGGGUCGUGGAUUACAUGCCUUACGACACUAUCCUCGAGUACACCGAUGUCUUCAUCUCCAACGGCGGAUAUGGCGCUCUGACACAUGCUGUCAGAAACGGUGUCCCCAUUGUUCUGGCGGGAGAAAGCGAGGAGAAGAUGGAAGUUACCAUGCGUGCGGUUUACGCUGGCCUGGCAGUCAGCCUGGCAACGCAAAGGCCUUCGGCAGCGCAGGUCAGACUUGGCGUUGAACAAAUCUUUCAAGAUACCAGAUUCAAAAAGGCAGCAAUGAAGCUCAAGCAUGAGAAUGAAGACAUGGAUGCAUUGGCAGCGGUGGAAGCCAAGAUUCGGGUACUCACAUUGUAG